GGCAAAGCCGCCGGGUGGCGGGACAGCGAGGGGCACAAAGCACCGCCGGCGAGCGGCCAGUAAGUGACAGCAGGCAGGGCAGGGACUCGCUGCGGCUCCCGGGACGGCACCGCUGGAUGGGUGGGGCCGGGCUGAUGAUAGACAGGAGAGGUUGUCAUCUCCUCGGCGUUAUCCCCGCUGUUGAAUGUCUCUGCCGUGUCAUCUAAAGCAAAGCAGCAGUCGGUGCAUAUCAAGCACACGGACCGGGAAGGACCGCUUAAUCCGUACAGGUACUGGAGAAGACUUAGAGAACUUAUUUAAAGAUGCCUGUCCCCCCUCCACCCCCACCUCCUCCACCUACAUUAUCACAGGCGAAUACAGAGAAACCUGCAUUGACCAAAUCAGAGCUGUCAGGUCGAAAUGCACUUCUGUCCGAUAUCUCCAAAGGGAGAAAGCUCAAGAAGGCUGUUACCAACGACCGGAGUGGACCCAUUCUUGAUAAGCCUAAAACGUUGUCGGGAGGAGGAGGUGUUGUCGGUGGCAGCAGUGGGGGCCUGGGUGGAGGCGGCGGGGGUGGCGGAGGAGGAGGAUUUGGUGGACCGCCUGGUUUAGGGGGCUUGUUCCAAGGAGGAAUGCCAAAGCUUCGAUCUACAGGAAGCAGAGAAAACGAGUCAGUGGGAAGCAGACCUCCGAUCUUACCACCUGGUGGAAGAACAUCAAUGCCUAAACCCUUUGUUCCACAGAGUGGACCAUCAAGGGGACCUGCCCCUCCAAUGGGUUUGAGGACCACUCCAGAAACUCAGAGAAACCGUAUGCCUCCCCCACCACGAAAUGAUAUUAGUCCUAGAUCAGAGAAUGCACCUCCCUCAGUUCACAGUUUUCCCCGACCAAUGCCUUCAAGUCUACACAACAGAGGUCCACCACCAGUGCCAGGAGGAAGCAGGCAAAUGAGCCCAGUGUCAGCUCCACCCAUUCCCCCACCGUCUACUUCAAACAGGGUUCAGGGAUUUGCUGGAACCAACAGACAGAUGCCGCCAUCAGUCCCUCCAUCUGUUCCUUCCAUGAACAGGCCACCACCUCCUCAAACCCAUAGCCGAGGAAUGGAAGACAGACCUUUACCCCCUCCAGCAGGAAACAGGCCAUCUCUCGGUAGGGAUAUGCCUCCACCUCCACCACCUCAAAAUAAUAAGCCACCUGUUCCUUCCACACCAAGACCAAUGUCAUCUUCCCAGCCCCCACCUCUUCCUCCGGGUAGACCAGGACCACCUCCUCCACUUCCACCUACUCCAAGUCCCAUGGAAGAUAUGCCAAGACUUCCACACCGUAAUUUACCUUUAGCAGGAGCUCCUCCACCUGCCUUACCUCCUGCAAGGUCUGGCCAUCCUCCUCCUCCUCCACCUCCUAAUGAGAGGCCUCCUCCUCCUGUUCGAGAUCCCCCUGGUCGAUCUGGACAACUUCUACCACCCCCUCCUGUGAGUAGAAAUGGUAUCGGUUCCAAGGGACCUUCAGGGCCACAGCCACCUUCUAGGGGAAAUCAAGAUAGCCAAAGAAGUGGAGCGCGCCCCCCUCCUCCUCCGGAAAGGCCAGGCCUUGGACCCCUGCCGCCCCCUCCACCUCCAUCAUUAGCAAGAAAUGGUUUUCAAGACUCAUUUGAAGAUGAAUGGGAAAGACGGUUUUCAUUUCACCCACUGUCAGAUCUUCCACCUCCAGACCCAUUUAUUCCUGUAAAUAAAACAUACCCCAGCAAACUUGUACGAGGGGACAGCCGAAGUGGUUCCACCAGGAAAGAAAGAGGUGCUCCUCCGUUGCCACCAAUACCGAGGUGAAGGGGAUUUUGCCCACCUAUGGAUUCCUGAAGCUCAUUGGCCAGGAAUAAUCUGAUAUUGCUUAUGUGUUGAAUGGGUUAACAUCCAGUUGGGAUUGGUUUUGUGAAUGCAAAGGUGUAAAAUGAAUAGGGCAUUGCACAUUAACGUAAAAAAUCAAGAGAGAACAUAUGAUCCUUCAAGAAAAAGCCCACAGCCCGCUAGUUCCUCUGGUUGUCAAUAACAUUUAUUACACAAGUGCUGCAGUUAUUUAAACCACCUGGAAGGUGCUGGGGUGAUUAAAGUCAUUAGAGAUCUUCAUAUAUGCAGCCAGUCAGUUAAAAAUGCAGUUUAUGUAUUUUGUACAAAAAAGAUAACCUUUCUCUUUAUAAAGUACAUCUCAUAUAAAGUUGUGUAAUUGCCAACAUUUAGAAGCUGCGGCUGGAAUACUCAAUGAACCUAUUCAUUUUGGUGGAGAUCCUUCUGCCCGCAAAGCUAAUAAACAGCGAUUGUUAUUUUAGUUAAGUGAUCCUUAUUGCAGUCCUUGGGUUCAAUGGCUCCCGCCUCACCCUUUUGUCUACAGACCAGGUCAUAAUAUGUGACACCUUAAGCACCCAUUACCGGUAUGUGAUCAAGUAGCCAAGCAUUCAUUCUUUACAGUAAUAUUGAUUUAAAAAAUACAAUUUAACCUCCUAUGGAGCUCAAUAUCACCAUUCCAUACCGGGUAAAUCUGUAAGUAUUUUCUGUGACCAGGGUAUUUAUAUGCUCUAUUUUAGUAAUCCAGAUUAUCACUUAUGCAUGUAACUGGUAACGGUGUUCAAUGCACUUUCGAUAGCUCUCUUAGAUCGUAGAUUCUCACUGGUAAUCCAUAUAAUUCUGGAUUUAGCGUGACGCCGUACAACCAGAUUUACAGUGGCAGGAACGCAAUAGAAACGUUGUUUCCGGGAAAUGAAUUGUUGCACUGCUAGGCAUGUUUAUUUUGUUAAGGUCUUCUCCUUGUGCAAGCCAUUCCCAUUUUUAGCCUUUGUGGACAGAAAAGUUAUGCUAAGCACAAUCACUUGGCACUCAAACAACAAUGGAGUGUAUCCCGUGGGGUCACCUUAUUAGCUAAAAUACAAGGAAACACAACUAGCAUCACACAGAAUUCAGCAAAAACUACCACUCUGUGUCUAUAAAGACCUCACGUUGCUACACGUUGCCACCAAAGUCACCUGAACACCAAGUAGGAUAAAACCAUUCGCAUGGGCAUAUGUGUAAAAAGAAACGUUUAUGGUCCAGGCGGAGGGACUCUGUACCAACCUUCACUUUAGUACUCGUGUGUAUCAUUUUUAUGACUUCAUGUGACAACUGGCAACAGGCUUUUAGUAAAUAAGACUUCUACAUUCAAUGUAUAUACAGAUGCUGAUUUUUGUUUCAUAGGUUUUUGCUACCAAAGAGUUUUUGUUCUAUAAAAAAUGAAAAAAAAGCAAAUAUAUAAUUACAUUAUUUGUUGACGACAUGUUUACGCAUUUUUUAAGGGUGUUAAUUGUUUUUGUAUCUUGUGAUUUUGAAGCACAAUGUUUUAAGCAUAAAUGAUUUGUUAAAUGUUGUGUGGCUCACUUAAUAACGAGCACCUACAAUAAUACAAUAUUUUCUGCUGCGGUUGCUUUCCCAUUGUUUCAGGUAGUUUUUAACGUGGUGCUAUAACUGAUAGCACUAUAAUAAAGCGUACAGGUGUUAUGAACAAGUAUAAUAAUAAUCUCACGUGUUUCUGUAUCCGGCUUAUACCGUGUGUUGUAUUGUUGAUCACCUACUGAACUAUAUACUCCUGCUGUGCUCAGCCGGGCUCUAUGUAUACUUUCUGGAGAACUAUAUAUUAAAAUGUACACAUGUACUCAAACAA